CAUCCUCCCAUAAUGGCUUUCACAAGAUCAGCAAACAACACCACAACAGCCAGCAAGCCUUCUCUCUUGGGUCGUUUGAAGGGCAACAACCGCACCGUCACUACCACGACGAAGCACUCCACCAACCCAAUCACUGGAAGUCACACGACAACGACAACCAAGAAGGAGGUUGGCACUGGUCACCACACCGGUCAUCAUACUGGUCCUGCAGCCACUACUAGUAGAGGAGUCGGAUCAAGCACGAGGCACACGACAGGCCACCGUACCACGACUGGAACCACCAGAGUGCAGAAGCGCAAGCCAACGGUCGGCGACAAAGUCAGCGGUGCUAUGAUGAACCUCAAGGGUACUGUUACAGGCAAGCCCGGCGUGAAGGGAGCAGGAACUCGUAGAAUGAAUGGAACAGAUGGCAAAGGAUCGCAUUAUACGCGUGCUUAUUAG